UCCAGGCAGAAACACCUGUCCGUUCUUGCGUUGUGCCAAAGGGUCCAGCAGGGGGUUCACCAUCUCCACUUCAGGCUUUCAAAUAAGAAAGGUGUUUUUACGGAUGACGGACCUUCCACCAGAAAACCUGCACAGUGUACCUUUAAAGUGUUGCGAAACAUGCCAAGGCAAAAAAAGGCAGACCUCAAAACACUAGGAUUCACAAUGAAGGCCCAAAUGAAGAACUCCGUGGUGAUAGGACCCCCCGCGGCCGGAGCUUUCCAGGAGAGACCGUCCAAACCGACCCUUUUUCGGAAAUUCUACGAGCGAGGCGAGUUCCCCAUGGCGCUGAAACACGACACCAAAGGCAAUCACAUCGCCUGGAAAGUAGAAAUAGAAAAGCUGGACUACCACCACUACCUGCCACUGUUUUUCGACGGGCUAUGCGAGACGGUGCACCCAUACGAGUUCUUCGCUCGACAGGGGAUCCAUGAUAUGUUGGAACAUGGAGGUCCCAAGAUUCAACCAGUCAUCCCGCAGCUCAUCAUCCCAAUCCGGAAUGCCUUGAACACGAGGAACCGCCAGGUCAUCUGCACCACCCUUAAAGUCAUUCAACACCUGGUCAUGUCCGGAGAGAUGGUAGGAGAGUCUCUAGUGCCAUAUUACCGACAAAUCUUGCCCAUUUUAAACAUCUUCAAGACUAUGAACAUAAACUCCGGAGAUGGGAUCGACUACAGCCAGCAGAAGAGGCAGAACGUAGGAGACCUCAUCCAGGAAACUCUGGAGGUCCUGGAGCGCUACGGAGGAAUGGAGGCCUUCAUCAACAUCAAGUACAUGGUGCCCACCUACGAGUCCUGCAUGAUCAACUGAAGGCUACACCAAAGCAAAAAUGAUAUAAAAUCUCUUAUGGAUUGCAUGUGAGUUU